CUAUCUGUUAUCACAUACGAUUAUUACUGUCAGUCGAUCCUCGGUGCUCGCGAUAACCAGACAUACAACUGAUCCAACAUGGAGGCCGUAGUCUUCGAUGGGAAGUCCCUCACCCUCAAAUAUGACAAGGCCUACCCCAUGCCCAAGAUAGAAAACGACACCGACGUCGUCGUGAAAGUGGAAUACUCAGGAAUCUGUGGCACUGACCUGCACAUCAUUCAGGGAGAGUUCCCGGCAUCAAAAGAGCGCCCUCUGCCGCUUGGACACGAAUUCAGCGGUGUAGUGCACGAUGCAGGCAAGAAGUCCAUCUUCAAGAAGGGACAGAAGGUCGUGGUGGACCCUAACAGCGCCUGCAGCCUCUGCGACUUCUGUCGUAAGGGCAAGUACCAGUACUGCCUGACAGCUGGCAUCAACAGCACCGUCGGCAUUUGGAGGGACGGCGGCUGGGCGCAGUACUGCAAGGUACCACAGACACAGGUGUACGCGCUGCCUGACGGGAUUACCACUGAACAAGCUGGUCUCUGCGAGCCCUACUCCUGCGUGUCACAUGGUUUCGACCGCGCCUCCCCCCUGUUAGUUGGUGAGAAGAUCCUCAUCGUUGGAGCUGGAAUCAUUGGCAAUCUCUGGGUGACCACACUCCACCACCAUGGGCACCGUGAAGUAACGGUGUCAGAAAUGAACAAAUCUAGGCUAGAGAUUGUGAAAAAAUUGGAGACCGGCUACAGACUGAUCACCCCUGACGUUUUGGCGAAAGAAAAUGAGCUUUAUGAUGUCAUCAUUGACUGCACAGGUGUCGGCAAGGUAAUGGAGAUCAGCUUCAACUACAUGAAACCAGGUGGCAAAUACGUUCUCUUUGGAUGCUGUCCCCCCACCCACCAAGCAUCGGUGAAUCCGUUCCAGAUUUACGACAAGGAGCUGACCCUCAUUGGGGUGAAAAUCAACCCCUUCAGUUUCCCUAGCGCCAUCGGAUGGCUCAAGGCGAUGGGUAGCAGAUACGUAGACUACGAAAAGCUCGGAGUGAAGACUUACGCGCUUUCGGAGUAUCAAAAAGCUUUAGAAGACCUCAAGAAAGGCGCCAUCUCAAAAGCUUUGUUCAAGAUUGUUUAAAUGAAUUAAUUAAAAUAAUAAAUCAAAAGCUCCUAGCAAAUAAAAUAAUUUCUUCCUUAA